CCAGGAAGAGGGUGUGGACUUAACUGGCUGGUUAAACAUUCCAGUGCUUAAAUACAGAACCCUUCCUUUCUCUCAUUCAACAGCAGACUGACCCGGACCACAGAGGACAGCUAACGGAUAGUAUUCUAACUCCAGAGGAAACCAUAAGACCAUGGCUCCCCAGUUGUUGAUGUUGUCUCUGGUCUCAGCUCUCUACCUGGUGGCUCAGGGACAGGAGCAGCCUCAACCCAUAGAGGAGGAACUCAUCACAGCCAAGAACAUCCAGCCUCUGGGUGGCUGGUUCAACAGAGACCCAGAGAGCCCAGAGAUACAGACUGCUGCUAAAGCUGCCGUGGAGGCGUUUAACAGCCAGUCUAAUGCCAGGAAAUACUUCAGACUCAUCAACGUCAUCUCUGCUGAGACACAGGUGACUAACAUGAUCAACUAUAAGAUUGAGGCGACCAUCGGGAAGACCAAGUGCCUCAAAACCGAGCACAACUCUGAUGUGGAGUCCUGUGUUCUGGGGAAAAGGCGUCUGACAUGUACGUUUGAGGUGUGGUUUAACCCUCGUAAUGACAAGCACGAGCUCUCCGCCUCCUCCUGCCAGAAGUAAGACUGACUCCAGAUCAGUUUCAACCAACAACUACAUGAUCUGUCCUCUUCCUCGUCCUCUUCCUCCUGCAAUAAGUAACACUGACUCCAGACCAGCCAUCAGCGUCUACUGACUACCUGAACACAACAAUGACUAUCUACAGAGUUACGCUACAACGGCAUGCUUAGUCGUUGAAUGACUCAACUUUUUAAAACUGCACAGAUUUAUUUUGCUGUGAUUCUGUUUCUAAUAAAAUUGCUUAAACUGA